AUGAAGACUGCUGAGCUGGGAUUUCUUCUAGGGUUCUUCAUCUUCUACUCACUGACUACCCCAUUAUUGGGUGGUGUUAAGAAACUUACUGAGAAGAUAUGCGGAAAAUUCAAAGAUCCCUGUAUUAUGGAAAUGGACGCUGGCAGCUGCUCUGAAAUUCACUUUAGAUAUUUCUACAACAAAACCUCCAAAAGAUGUCAAAGUUUUAUCUUCACUGGCUGCAAUGGCAACCUUAACAACUACAUGCUUAUAAUAGACUGUGAAAUAUCCUGUGUUGCAGAAUACAAAAUACCACCUGCAGACUCUCCAGAGCAGCAUGCUGUUUUAUACAACUAA